ACUAUUUGUUGUUUGGUCUGCAGACGACAUUAAUUUUUAAAAUAUUAAUUGCUGUUGUUGAUGGACGAAAAUUUGUGUUAAAUAACUAAAAAUGCCUCUUGCGAUCGUAUUAGACGUAUCGCUUUCCAUGUCAAGGGUUGUGAGUACUCCUGAAGAAGAAGAAGAAUACCAGAGGAAACAUCUAGCCAUUCACGGAAUUAAUGUUUUAUUGGACCACCUCAACACUCACUCAAAACUUGAGUUUGUUUCAUUGGUUGUCUUCUCUUCUAUGUAUGAGAUCCUCAGCUCAUUUACAAGAGAUUAUGAUGCAGUUAGAGCCAAACUACAAAAUAUUGAAGACAGAGAUAAGACAUAUUUAGAAGCUGCACUGCAUGGUGUCAGUAUACUGAUCAAUGAUGAAUGGGGUCAAAACACACCUUGUCAUGUACUCCUCAUUACUGAUGGAAGUUCCAGUCUCAACAUUCUAGGUCUGUCACGUACCCUGCUGAAUGGCCAGAGAGGUUCUACCAGACCAGAAGAAGCCUUACCCUUCCUACCCUUCAAUUUUCCAGCCAAAUUCCAUGUCAUAGCUAUCACAAGUCCAGAUGAUCCUGCCUUGGCUGUUAGUAUGCCAGUCUAUCAGAAAAUAAUUGAUCUUUCUGGUGCAGAAGGAAGUGUUUUUGUACCUGAAGGAGGACUCUCUUUAAAGAGUGUGCAAAACAUGUUCACGAAAAUUGCCGAACUCCAUUACAGUUCAUUCGAAGGGACUCUACGGUCAGGAUCACUUUCGGAUUCCAUUUUGUUGUACCCUCCUCCUCGAGAUCAUCACCAUAUUGGAGACAUGGAAGUUAUACACUGUAAGAUUUCUAAAGAUAUCACCAUAUGUGGUUUUGUCGAUCUCAUUGACGUAGCAAGUCCGCCUGCUGUAUCCAGACACUUAGUACUUCCCGUACACUCAGCUAACAAGAGUGAUGCUUCGUUGGUUGAGCUAAAAGCGGAAGGAGAAGGUGAAGACGAUCUUUUGGCUACGCCAGAAGAAGGAAAGAAUCCUUCUUUCUGUGUCCUACUUCAUGGCGCCCUUAAAGUUGAAAAUAUGGGCGCUAUAUGCAAUGUAGGAGAAAAGUGGUACGGUCUGCUAUACUCUUGGGCAGACAGUAAAAAGAAAUCAAAUUUGAUGUUAUCCAUCUUUGAACCAGGAACGAAGUGCAUACCUUGGUUAGGUGAUUUGAGUUUGCUUGGGUCAUUCAGUGAAGCAACUUCUCCUGGCAGUUUCACCACUUUUCCCAUCAAACCUAAUGAAAAGCGCAGCUAUGCCCAAAGCUGUGUCGUCUGGGUUCAACCUGGCAAUCUUCAAGCUGACAUUCAGAAAAUCUUGCGCCACGCUAGGAAAAUGCCCGAUAAGACUCAACACUUUUACAAGGAACUCAACCGGCUCAAACGAGCAGCACUCUCCAUGGGGUUUGCAGAUCUGUUGGAGACUAUGGCCGUCAUUUUAGAUAGAGAGUGUACACUUUUGCCGCAUACUGCACAUCCAGAUUGCGCCAUGCAGCUGACUCAUGCUUCUGCCCAGCUUCGACUGUCCAGGGACGUUCGCCACAAUAUCACCGCACUGCGCACUAAAUUCACUCACGAUGAUUGAGACACGUCUCUUUUUCCUUGUUUUUAUUUUGAUUCAUGAAGAAACCUAAAUCACACGUAA